AUGGGACACAGCGAAAAUAAAAAUUGGAAGGAAACUGAAGGCGCCAAGGCCGGGGCCCCGCUCGUCUGUACCGAGGCGAGUCCGGGCUCUGCGCCCCUGCACCUGCUGCGCGCCCGCCAGGGCCUCCCCCAACGGCUCCCUGGCCCGCGCGCGGCCGCCGACGGGUUGGGAAAGGACUGCGCGGAGACGCAGGGUCCCUGGGAGGGUCUCCGCCAGGCCCCUCCAGCCCCAACCUGUGAAGACGGGGGCAGGACGCGGCGCCCGGGUCACCCCUAUCGAGCCGCGGGAGAUCGCCGGGCCGGGAGGAAGCGGCGCCCCAAGGUCGUGGCCCGCUCGGCGACCACGUCCGGGCGGUCCCUCACCUCAGAGCGCCCGGGCGCCGCGGGCCAGCCCCAUGGGGAAGUGCAGACGCCGGAGCCUGAGCCGCAGCCGCAAGAGCGCUCGGCCGCCCCCGCCGCGCCCGUCAGCGCCUGGCUCCCGCCCGCCGGAGACGCCGGCCCGAGGUGGCGCCGGAGCUGCUGGCACAGGGGCGGCGGGCGGCGGCGGCGGCGGCUUCAGGAGGGACUGACAAAGCCCCACGGCGCGCCGCUCCCUACUUAUAGCGCCGGCGGGUCGCCAUGGAGACGCACCAGCUCAAACCAGCCACGAUCGGUUCCGGCCGGGACGCCGCCGGGGGAGGGGCGGGGGCUCGGCGGUGGCCAACCCAGGCCCGCGCGGAGCUGGUGGGGCGCUGGCGGGCCGACGUCAGCGGAGCCGAGCGCCGCCCGCCCCACGCGUGGCCCCCGCCCCCGGCCUCGCGCCCCGCCCUCCCCACCCUGCGGCUGUCCGCCCGCCUGGAACUGGUCUGCGCACGCGCACGACGCCGCAGGCCCCGGCCCGCGGCCGCUGAAUGGCGGAGACUGUCCCUGCACAGCUGUGCUUCCACCUGACCUUCAGUGCCUCGUGCCCGAGAGCGGAAAAGGGAAAUCGCGAGCGGAGCACCGGUGUGCUGGCCACGUGGGCCCCGCCGGGCCGACUCUGGACCCUGCUGCCGCCCGCCGAUCCAGUGCGAGGGACCUGGAAGUGACCCGGUGCCGCUCCGCUCCCACCAGCGAGGAAGCAGAGGCGCGGGAGGGACGGGGCGUCCCGGGGGUCGCCAGCACGCUGGGGGCAGGGCUGGCAGCCGCCCCCACGCCCCCGCGCUGGAAGCCUCGUCUUUGUAACAUCCAGUGCCCUGUAACUAGAUGAGUCCUGUCCUGCGGAGGUGGUUUCGCCUGUGAAGCCAGAGAUUCACCCAGGAGCGUGAGGGGAGCCGGGUCUUGAACCCCCAAGCCGCCCACUACCCUCUGCUUGACCGGAUGGAAUUCAUCAGUAACUAGGUAUCUUUAAGGGCGGCUCCCUGGCGCGCUCUGAGAGUUACGGAAGUCCCAAAAUGCUUUGACCGAAAACGUCUAACAGUGAAUACAUAAGGCAAAAAGCCGCGUGGGAAAUUCGUGUCUCUAGGAGCGCCCGGGGGAUGCCUCUGGAGGUGGACUACCACUCACCCCAGGCCACGCUGGAAUGCCCCCACCAGGCAAGCACUGAACUUGAAUUGGGGACACUUUUUUUUUUCAUUUUUACCAUUUUGGACAAUCCAGACAGUUUAUGUCUCUCCCUAGGGUAGGGAUUUCGACAGACCGGAGUGUGGCCGAUGAAGAGUCAAAGAGAGGAGAGAGUAGAUCUAGAUCUAGCCCUGGGUGGGUAGGGAUGGGGUUGGAGGAGCUCGGAGCACUGGCCCAGCCCUGCCCCCAACUUGCUGUGUUCUCUUGGACAAGUUACUUCCGUUCUCUGGGCCUCAGAUAACCCAAGAAUCCUUACAUAGAUAUCUUUAUAGCCGGAAAGCCCUGUGAGGUUUUGAAAAACUUCCUUGGUAUCCAAAGCCAGGUCUGAGGCACAGUCAGUGAAUACCUGUUUAAUGAAUGCAUGCAAUAAAUGAAUGGAUGAUCCAGCUCUUCCUGGAGCAGGCGCGACUUCCAGAAACAAAAAAGAGGGUAAACGCGAGCCGUAAGCAGAAGUGAAUCUUCUUCCUAUGUGAAGCGAUGCGGGGGUGGUCCGCCCCUAUCCACUUUAUCUUUACCUAGUCCUGGAGCACCUGCCCGGACUAGAGGGGUGGGGGUAGCUCCACCCUUAACAAGCUUAAUUCUCGAUGAGAUUAACCAUCAGAACCCAUGAGAGAACGUUAUAGCUCCAGCGCUGAAUGGAACAUUUUUGAUGCUGUGGUGAUGCGGACUUUGUGCUUCUCUGUGAGGAAACACUUUCUUCCAACGAUGCAGUUUUCCUCACACUCCGGGAGUGUCCUCACUGCCAGAAUUGCCCAGCUUCCUGGCACACCUACCAACCAGUCAUUCCCAGCACUGCCCAGUAUGCAGCCUCCCGGCAGAGGGCCUGGAUGUCUUGGCAGGUAGGGUUCCCCUAGCAGCCUGGGGUGGCCAGAUAGAAACAUUAACUGGAACUGGAGCACAGGUGUGCUGGCCACGUGGACCCUGCCCGGCCGACUCAGGACCCUGCUGCCGCCCACCACUCCAGUGCAAGGGACCUGGAAGUGAUCCCGGUGCCGCUCCAGUUCCAGAUCCAGGGAGCCAGGAGGGCUCCGACUGUUGCACACACAAGCCACUCACACUGCUGUCGCCCACAUACCUUCCUCUCCUGCUAGCCCACCCCAAAGCCCAAACUCCUGCCCACAUGCUGGGAAGGUGAGGCCUUGCCUGGACAGCCCAGUAGGGAAAAUAGAAGGAGGGAAGGAGUCUCGCUGCUUCCCCGGAGCUCUGCUCUGCGGCUGCAGGAAGACCCACAGAGGCCCUGGGCAGCAGGACUGUGGACAGCAAGGCCUGAGUCGUGAAACCCAACCACUCAGCUGGAUUCCAGAAGCUCAGGUGGUGGUGACUAAACCUGGCCUUACUCAAAAUGCAUGACUUUAUUGUCUUUCAAUGUAUUUUCAGUAAACUUCAUCCUCUCCAUUA